AUGCACCGAGGGGAGUUUAUCCUCUUCGUUUGCAUCCUUACCUCUCAGUUCUCCCUUCACAGCUUCCAAAUGGAGAUCUUGUCGAGCUGCCUCUCCUCCACCCUCCACCUCAACAAGCUCCCGACCUCCCUCCAUCCCUCCUCCUCCUCCUCCUCCUCUCAUCACCUCCACUUCAUCUCCCAACGACACCCUGCCGCCGCCCCUAGUUUUCUUUCUUCUUCAUCUCUUCACUCCUCCUCACCUUCUAAUUCUCUUCAUAUUACUAGCAGCAACGCCGACGGUCGCCCUAUAUCUCCGGUCACAGUCCACAGAAAAGCUGCCACUGGCUAUGCUGCCGCUCUCAUGGACGCGGCUCAGCGUAACCACUCCCUCGGACAAGUCGAGUCCGAUGUCCACAGGCUCUCCCUGUCGCUCCGCUCCUUGCAGGAUGGAGAAAUCUUUAGCGACCCUUACGCGAGCCAUGCCGAUAAAGGACGGGUGCUCAAGGAAAUAUCCAAGCAAGGGAGGUUCCACAAGCACCUGGUUGCGCUGUUGAAGAUGUUCAUACGCAAGAACCAGAUUGAAAUGGUCAGCGAGGUGUUGGAGGAAUUCAAGAGGAUCUACCGCGACAUGAUCAGUGGAUCAGAAGCAGUGUUGUCAUCGCAGGCAGUAAAAAUGCUCAAUGCCGCCAGCGUAAGGAGAUCAUUCACUGUUGAUGAGAUUGAGACCUCGGUUUCUUUUGUUAUGUAA